UUAUCUAAGUUCAGAACUUAUCAAUGACAUUAAAUUUAUUGUUCACUUUUUGGGAGUCAUAAUACUCGUCAGUUCCUUCGUAAGUAGUGUCGUCAAAAUGAAAUAUAUAUAACAUAGUUUAUCAAAAAAUUCACUUAUCUUAUUUCUAAUAUAGAAGUAAAUAUAUAUACAUCUAUAUAUUUCUGAAUAUUAUAUAUUCUGAUGCAAUAUUAGAAAUUUCGAUAAUGCAGUUGUGUUAAUCACCAACAUAACCUCAAUAUUAGUGCAAGCAGUAAUUGCACACGUGAUGCGUCGUAGAAAUCUUGUUAUGAUAAUCAAUAACUAUUAAUAUUUGUAAAUGUAAUACAUAUAUGCAGAGAAUGUUAUAAUAUAUUUAAUAUUUAGCAACGAAAUUUUCGACGAUUAAGAAUAGUAAAAUUGUGAAGUUAUUGACUUUAGUUUUGGUGAAACCUAUUAGCAAAAAUGUCUUCACCAUUUACUUGUAUCACAUGCCGUGUAGUAUUUAGAGAUUUAGAAAUACAAAGACAACAUUACAAAUCAGAUUGGCAUAGAUACAAUUUAAAGAGAAAAGUUGCUGAAUUACCUCCUGUAUCUGUGGAAGAAUUUCAAAUGAGAGUGAUUGCGCAAAGAACCAAAGAUGACAAAGAAAGAGAAGAGGAACUGAUAAGUUGUAAAAUGUGCAAAAAGAAUUUCAGUACAAGAAAUCAAUAUGAAAAUCAUUUAUUAUCAAAGAAACACAAGGAGAAAUAUGCAAAACAAAAUGUUCCUUUUGAAAAUGAAAGUAAUGAUGCUGGUCCAGCAUUUGACUCUGUAAUUAAGAAAAAUGAAGAAGUUUCCGUGAAACAAUUGACAGAAGAUAUGGAAAUAAAUUCUGAUAUUGAAUCUGUAAAUUCUGACGAAUGGAUUGAAGAUAGUGAAAAUCCAGUUACAAAUAACAAUUGCUUAUUUUGUAAUCAUCAUAGCAGAUCAUUAGUGCGUAAUUUAAAACAUAUGACAAUUGCACAUUCAUUUUUUAUACCAGAUCACGAAUAUUGCAUGGAUAUUAAGGGCUUACUUGUAUAUCUCGGAGAAAAAAUUUUUGCUGGAUACAUGUGCAUUUGGUGUAAUGAUUCUGGAAGAUCUUUUCAAAGUGCUGAGGCUGCUAGGGCUCAUAUGAUUGAUAAAGGUCAUUGUAAAAUGUUGCAUGAAGGAAAUGCAUUAGCAGAAUAUGCAGAAUUUUAUGAUUAUUCAUCCAGUUAUCCUGAUGCAGAAAUUGGUGAUCCAGAAGCUGAAGUUGAAAUACCAGAAUUAGAUGACAGUAAUUACCAAUUAAUAUUACCAUCAGGAAAUGUUAUUGGUCAUAGAUCUCUAAUGAGAUAUUAUAAGCAGAACUUAAAUCCAAAUAGAGCAGUUGCAGUAUCAAAGAGUACAAAAUUGCGUAAAAUAUUGUCACAAUACAGAGCUUUAGGAUGGCCAGAAACACAGAAAGAGGCUGCUAUAAAGAAAGCUAGAGAUAUUAAAUAUAUGCAAAGAAUACAAGCAAAAUAUUCUACGCAAUUGCAGUUUAAGGCAAAUAAGUUGCAAAAACAUUUUAGGCCUCAAGUGAAUUUUUAAGCUUCUCUAAUGUGUAUAAAUAUUGUGCAAGACUGUAUUCUUUUUUAAAUUAAGUCUUAAAUUAAGCCGUUCUUAAUUAAGUUUAAUGUAAAAUUUUAUUAUUAGACAUGCUUCUUGCAUUACAUAUUGAUACAUUUAUUACUAAAAUAAAACCGUACUUAAUCCAAA